GUGCUAUAUCAAAUGUUCAAAAGUUUCACUCUAAUUGGUCCACAAAACCUUGUACCAAUUGAUUAUGCUGCUGGAGUUCUUUCCUUCUUCGUUGUUGCCUGUGGUGGAGCAGUUCUUGGCAUCAUUGCUGCUUUUCUUGUCAGUUUGAUCACCAAAUAUACCCAUCGGGUACGUAUCUUGGCACCGGUAUUUAUAUUUGUCAUUCCAUAUAUGGCCUACCUCACUGCCGAAAUCACCUCGUUGUCUUCUAUAAUCGCAAUUGCUGUUUGUGGUAUGGUCAUGAAACAAUAUGUCAAAGGAAAUAUUUCUACCACUGCUGCAAACUCUGUUAAAUACUUUAUCAAAAUGCUCGCACAAUCGUCAGAAACAGUGAUUUUCAUGUGA